AUGUUCGAUCCUCCGGAAAUCGAUCUGGGAGAAUGGGAUGGUUUUGUGGACACAGACAAUCCAGUUGCAAAUGAUGAUGUGGACGAAGAGUACUGCAAUGCCGUUGAGUGGAAUGUUGUGGGCUUCUUGCCAAUAGGUGGAAGUUUGUACAUAGUGCAGGGAUGGUCAGCGAAAAAAAAAGAAGGAACUCGACACUGGUUCCAUUUCGAAGCAGCUCGGCGAGGACAGGAGAUAAUUGCUGUCUGUAUGUGUGGCCAGGGCGAUUUCAGCUGUAUCCACCAAAGAUAUUUUCGUAAAUGUAUCUCACCAAAUCAGGAAGGCGAGGAAAAUGUGCCAGAACGACUGGCCAGGAUAGUUCUUUUUCACCGGGAGUCUGUGAGCAGCGGACAAGUCAUACAUCGUUUCUCCGUUUCGAAAAAUGGAGGCACCACAAGUUUACAUGGUCGAGCGAUUGUAAUUCAUGAAGGUCGUGAUGAUGGUGAUGGUCUUUGGCGGUGUUUGAGGGAUAGCACACAGUGCAUCCAUAUUGCAGCUGCCAGACGCUACCUGAAGAACGGAAUACAGGAGAUUGAAAGCGAUGAAGAAUUAGAGGAUAUGAUGGAAGAGAUUGAGGGCAUAAACCUAAAUUGCGCUAUAUCAUUUCAGCUUGUAUUGCCACCAAAAUGGUGCGAGCUUAAGACGGAUCAGCUCUUAUACCCCCGUCCUCCACCACUCCGACAGGUUCCAGAGACUCUGGGUAUGGACAGAGAAGGUGCCUGUGCUUGUCGAGAUGGGAGCCGAAGACUGUACGAUAAAAACCUUCCAACAUUCCUACGGAAGUGUACAGUGUACACACUAAGUAGAGCGGCACAUACCAGUAUUGAGCUUCAGAGGUGUACAUCCUGCAAAAGGCAGUACGUUGGGCCUGAAACACGACAUCUCGGAUUAUUUAAUCUCAACAACUCUCUGCUUUUCACUCAUGAGCUACUGGACGAGUACACAAGUGCAUUCACCUCCUCGGAGACGCCAUUCAAUGCCUGGGUGCAACAAGUCAGUAGAAGAUAUCAAGCUGAGGAUAACUCCAUACCUUUUGUGGGCGUUGAUACCUUCCGUGCUGCUUGGUUCGCAUAUGCUCGAUUGAUAAACUUUGAAGGAGAUAAGCAGUGCCAGCGUUGCGGAGAAGAACCUGAGAAUGUCGUAUGGGAUGGGGUGACUCUUGCCUACGCCAGGAAACAGCUUAGGGCCGGACUUAGACCCCCUACAACAGUGGACAGUGAUUCACCUGUCCGUCCACGUACUGUUGCGAAGCGAAAGGAGUGGCUAGAGGACAGUGUUGCUCGUAAACGAUUACACCACUGGAUUGCCAAAGGUGGUAUGAGCUGGGGUAAUGAUGAGAAGGAACGAGGGCCUGCAGAGGAGAGACAGAGGGAAUAUCCUGGCAUUGUGGAAUCUCUGCAGUGCGUGAACAAGCACUUGGCGUUUCUCUUUGAAGAGUAUUUAGGAAACAAAGCAAUGGAGAGAAAUGGAAAGUGGAAACCUCAGAGAGAAUACAAAGCUUUUUUUGAGAUGGUACGUUCUUUCAAAAGUAUAAGAAUAGCGGAGCUCACUCUAACCACAAUUACAGAUUAG